UCGCCACCACAAGCGGAAGUAUGGCAGUAGGCGGAGCGUCGUAUGUUAAUUAGCUACUGACAGAUGUCAGUCACGUCACGCGCCGGCUGACACGUAGUCAUCUCGAGGCUAGCCUUAACAUACUAUACCAAAUGCCAAUUAUGAGCAGCCAGCCAUUUAACAUACCUGGGAUUCCCGAGGAUCUACGUCGUGAUGAAACGAUUCACCAGGUUGUUGAUUCCCUAGAGUACCUGGACAAGAUCGCCAAUGAAAUCUUCACUAGGAUUCACACACGGGUCUCAAAUAACCAGGCCCAUUUGCAGAAAAUAAAUGACAGAGUAAGCCUUGCUGAGGCGAAAAUUAGUAAAAUUAGCGGAAGUAAGAAAGCAACUAAUGUGUUUGCAUCUGCAAAGUAUCCUGCACAAGACACUACAGAAUUUUACGAAACUGUGUUUAAACCAGAUGCUAAGUUGAGAAGUCCAAAGAGACAGAGUUACCAUGUGCAGGAUAAGCAUAAGGUGGUAGAUGAGACAGUUUUAAAAGAUAAGCUCCAGUACUAUCAUGUUAAAGGAGGUAGAAAGAAAAAAUCCGGCGCAGAUCGUGGAGAGGGUCUAGGCGGUUUGCCGAAGGAAAUACCAUCUGUCAGUGCCUUACUACUUUUCAAUACAUCUGAAAAUCCAUACAAGAAAUAUGUUAUAAAGGAUCCGCUAGGUGUGGUCACAAAGACUCGUACAGCUUUAGAAGAGGAGGACUCUGGCAUGGCAGAGGCCCCAAACACAAUCAAAACCAAUGAAGAGUUACAGCGUUUACAAGCAGAUAAUUAUUUCUACGUGCCGGGAAUUGGAGACGUCCCAGAACUAGAUUUGCCAAUUGCACUGCCAAAUCUGUUAGGUGUGGCAGAUGAUAUUACCUUCAGUGCGGACCAAGACAGUUCCAUCGCGCCAACAGUGAUGGGUAGUCACAUGCCAGAACUGCCUACAGUAGUACCAACAUCUGAGCCUCUGCCAGCUGGCCCUGCCACAGAGGGUGGUCCACCACCCCCACCAGCAGGGCCUCCUCCGCCAGAACCACCACCACCACCACCUCCGACUGGUGCACCCCCUCCACCACCACCUCCUCCAGGUCCCCCUCCACCAGAUGCACCACCGCCCCCACCCCCAGGUGGAGCACCUCCUCCGCCGCCGCCUCCUAGUGCUGAUAUUCCAGCAGAAGUCACGGGGGAUGGAGGUCGCUCAAGUUUGAUGGAUGCCAUAAGAAAAGCUGGAGGAAGUAAAGGGGCGGGGCUUAAGAAUGCAAAGGACAAAAGCGAUGAAAGAAAGAAGAAGAAAAAGGAAGAAAAACAGAGCUCCGGUGGUGCUAGUAAAGGGGGCGGAGAUUUAAUGGGUGAUCUAUUUGCUAAGUUGACUAUGAGAAGAAAAGGUAUAUCUGGAUCGGGUAAACCAGGAGAAGGGGGAGGGGGAAGUGAAAAGAGCGAGGGGGUAGGAGGGGCAAUGGACAAAAUUUCUUCAAUGAUUCCAGCACCUCCAAAACCUCCAGAAAGUGAGGCAACAGCCGCAGAUGACGAGGACGAUUGGGAAUAAGUCAUGAAAAAAAUAGACCAAAGUGAUAACUUGUGCAAUAUGUGAUAUACAUGUAUGUUUGUUUUGUAAUAAUACACUCUGACAUCACAUCAGCCUACUUUAAGAAAAGAAGCAGUGCUACCUUAUUUAAUCUACUAUUUUACGUAUAAUGUACAUGUAUGUUCGAAGCAAAAUGUUAAAGGUAUACAGAUCAAGCAGUGUUUGAUUAAUCCCUAAAAACAUUCAGAAUCAUUUGUACACUGCAUGGCAUAAGUGAGACAGUUCAUCUUCUCAUGAAAUUAUUUAACAGGAAGUAUAUCUUUUUUUUUGUGUUUAAAUUAAUUAAAGUAUGCUUUUGCAAUAUAUUAUUACUUAAUUGACACCUGCCGAUUUAUGAAAUACUAGUUUGUAAUGUUGCCUUUUACAUGUAUGCUCAUUUGAAGAGUCAGUGUUGGCCUUUGAUACUAGAGUUUUGAAUUGGUCAAAAUGCUAGAGUUUGUGGUCGGUCAAAAUACUAGAGUUUGGAAUGGUCAAAAUACGAGGGUUGAUUCAUGUUGUAAGCUAAAUCAGUUAUGAUUUCACGCGUAAAUGUUAAUUCCUAGGGCUGAUUCGUUUUAAUAACUCAGACCUUCAAAGUUCACCCAGGACGAUAUGCCACCAUAGGCAAAAACAGCAUUUCUUUGUUAAACAGAAAAAAACAACUAAACAAUGACUAUCGCCAAUGAACGUUAAAAUAGCGCACCAAAUCUCAUGAAAUUAUAAUGAUGUGAAAUUAUGUCGUUUAGCAAUCAAACAUGAAAAGUAAAGUGACAUUCUUGCAGAUUAAAGUCCUCUGUGUAGUGCAAAGGCUUGUCAUUGCUGAAUGAUAAAAAUAUCCUUUUUUGAUGUCAAUGAGGUCAGUGACGUGCAGUGAUCAUCAUUACCAUGCUUUCUGUGCAUGUCGAUAACUCGUUAAGUAAGCAGUAAUUUCUUAUAUUAUUUUUAGAAAAUAUUGUGAAUAGAUCAAGGUACAUGGACAGGAUUUUUUGUUGUUUUCUUUCAUUAAUAUUUUUUUGGCUUCAGUGGCAUUACUUUUGGAUCAACCCUUGUACUUGAAAUUGGUCAGUAUGUCUGCAUUCGUUAAUCAGCACAAAAAAAAGCCUGGAAAUUGAUUUACCAGUAAUCUUAAUUAAGAUAUUGUAAACAUGAAUAUUUUGUUUAACAUAACUCCUAUGAGUAGGCAAUUUUACUUAGAAGUUAGAUCAUGACAUUGCAUGGGAAAACUGUUCUAUGAACUUUUUUUUGGUCAUGUAAUUGUAUUUUCAGUAAGAUAAUAAUAUAUAACAGAUUGUUUAAAGGUCCAUAAACCUCAUAAUUUCUGUGAAAAAAAAACACAGAUCAAAAAUGUGUCCAAAUAGAGAAUAUGCAUAUUUUCUUAGAAAAGCACACUUUUCAAUACUGUGAAAUCAUUUAAAUUCGUUGGCAUGAAAUUUCGCGCAAACGUAAAAAAGGACUGUUUCGCGCGGGCUUUAAUUCGCGCAUUUUCAAUUUAUAAAUGAAAAAAUAAAGUAAAAAAAAACAAUAAUAACACGGUCUUAAAUUCGCGCAUCAGUUCUAGCAUGAAAUAUGCGAAAAUUUGUCCUAUGCGAAUAAAAAUGAUUUCACAGUAUUACACUUGACCUUAUACAGUCAGAACUGUAAUUGACUUUGUCGUCGUUUUUUAAAACUGUUUUUUUCAGUAUCAUUUAGUGACGCUAUUGAAAGACUGGAAAUUCCUGGAUAGCCAUCUUUCAUUUUACCUUAAUGGAAUUUGAUACCAAAUCUUGUUAUAAAAUGAUGGAACAUAUUCAAAUACAUCUAAUCUGGAAUUGCUGGAAGGUUGAAUUAUGGAAAAAUACACAUUCGUUGACAGCGAGUCAAUGUUAAAAAAAAAAAAAAAAAAAAAAAAAGUUUAUUAAAACGUUUAACGUUUUUUUGAACUGGGUCUUUUGUUACAGGGCGGCUGAUUUUCAAAAUGUGUGCCCCCCCCCCCCCCCCCCCAAAUCUGAAAAUGCUUCCUACGUGCCUGUGUCAUAAUUUACAUUUCAACAACAGUUUUAUGGUUAUUUACAGAUGUUUAGUUGUCAGAGAGCACUAUAUACCAUUUCAGCUUGUUUUGAUACACUGUAAAAUCAUUUUAAUUUCAUGAACGUGAAAUUUUGUGGUUGCGACCACAGUGGAUAUUUUAUCAGGAUAUGAAUUCAUGGAUUUUACAUUUUUCAGCAGUAAACAAAUGAAAAUGUUACUUGUUCAUUGGAAUUUUUAAAAUUACAUGGGUUAACUCAAUCAUGAAAUUCAAGAAAAUUAGUCCCCCAUGAAUGGUAAUGAUUUCACAGUGUCGCUGCAUAAUUUCUAUGGUUUCCAUUUAUUUAAGUUAGAAUCUGCGUUUUAGUAUUCUUGGUCUAUUAUUUAGCAUAUUUCUGAAAAAUGACAUAUUACCUAUAGAAGAAGAAAAGCUUAAUUCAAACAUGAUAAAAAAAAUGAUUAACCACCAUCGGUUGGGAAAACACGUAAAACAGCGAACCUGCUAACAACAUCUGUAUAUCUUUGGCAUAUUUUGUAUAUGCUGGAAUGAGGAAUACUUGAGAUGAAAGAGCAGUUUCAAAUUUGGCAAUUUUCAUCAUUUUAAUGAAAUUUGAGCCAUGCCAUUAGAAAACCAACAUAGUGGCUUUGUGACCAGCAUGGAUCCAGACCAGCCUGCGCAUCCGCUCAGUCUGGUCAGGAUCCAUGCUAUUCGUUUUAAAAGAUUAUUGUAAUUAGAGAAACCAAUAGCGACCAGCAUGGAUCCUGACCAGACUGCGCGGAUGCACUGGCUGGUCUGGAUCCAUGCUGGUCGCAAACCCACUAUGUUGGUUUUUUCGUGGCAGGGCUCAUUUAACUUGCUUCAGAAAUAUUUUAUUUUGUUGAUUUGACAACACAUUUUGAGAUAAUCAGAUUUGGCCUCCUUUGUUGAUGAGGAAAUGUAUAUGUAUAUGCAGGGGACACAAAAUGUACAUUUUGUUUUUGUUCGCACAUUCCAGUUGCUUACAUAUAUAUUCAUGCUGUUGAUUUUCAAAAAAAGGCAAAUACCUUAAAAAUACUCGGUUUGGACACAAUUCAGUUGUAUUCAACUUUUGAAACUGAAUUCCAACAUUCAUUUUAUCUGUUGAAAAAGAUAAGAUAAUUUAUAACUCUUAUUUUCAUUCAUAUUUCAUUCGAUUUCAUUGGAAUUUCCCUCUCUGUGAUGUAUCAAUACAUAUGAUAUGAUUUAAUUGAUGAAUAUACAUAAAUAUUUUUGAUCAUUCAAAUAUUGACAUUGUUUAUUAGGCUGAGUACUCACCUGAAAAUAUAUGGUUGUGUUAAAGGCCGAAAACCUCUGAUUUUCAACCCAUUAACCUUUAGCCUACUAAAUUUCUGAAAUGGACUAGUCCAUCAUUCAGUUCAGGCAGCACCAUUUAUUAUUUGAUGGGGGCUGUUGAUUGAAAAUUUACUGACUGAAUAGCGAACAGUGCAGACCAUGCUGACGUGGACGUGCAGGCUGAUCAUGGUUUGCACUGGUCUCAAAGGCAGAAUCACUUGCCGCUAGCAGGCUAGAGGUUAAGGUCUCGAUUGUUUGAAAGAGGAUAUGUUUGUUACUGUGAUAUACAAAUCUAUGGACCUAUGUAUGAAGUUAACUUGUUUACGAUAUGGUAAUUGAAUGAUGUAUAGAUUUUAUUAAAACAAAUCAGAGAUUUA